UCCGGGGGAGUGAGUUACGAGCGGAGAGGCUGUGGUCCGAGCUGCUAGAGGGACCGCUCCGCCCCGCGUCUCGUUGGUUCCGGAGGUCGCUGAGGCUGUGGGAAUGCUGGCGCGCGCGGCGCGGGGGACUGGGGCCCUUUUGCUGAGGGGCUCCGUGCAGGCUUCUGGCCUCGCUCCGCGCCGCGCCUCCUCUGGAUUGCCCCGAAACACCGUGAUACUGUUUGUGCCUCAGCAGGAGGCCUGGGUGGUGGAGCGAAUGGGCCGAUUCCACCGAAUCCUGGAGCCUGGCUUGAACAUCCUCAUUCCAGUGUUAGACCGGAUCCGAUACGUGCAGAGUCUCAAGGAAAUUGUCAUCAAUGUGCCUGAGCAGUCGGCUGUGACUCUCGAUAAUGUAACUUUACAAAUAGAUGGAGUUCUUUACCUACGUAUCAUGGACCCUUACAAGGCAAGCUAUGGUGUGGAGGACCCUGAGUAUGCUGUCACCCAGCUAGCUCAGACAACCAUGAGAUCAGAGCUGGGCAAACUCUCUCUUGACAAGGUCUUCCGGGAGCGGGAGUCCCUGAAUGCCAGCAUUGUAGAUGCUAUUAACCAGGCUGCUGACUGCUGGGGGAUCCGCUGCCUCCGUUAUGAGAUCAAGGAUAUCCAUGUGCCACCUCGGGUGAAAGAGUCCAUGCAGAUGCAGGUGGAGGCAGAACGUCGGAAACGGGCCACAGUUCUAGAGUCUGAGGGGACCCGAGAAUCGGCCAUCAACGUGGCAGAGGGAAAGAAGCAGGCACAAAUCCUGGCCUCUGAGGCAGAAAAGGCUGAACAAAUAAAUCAGGCAGCAGGUGAGGCCAGUGCAGUUCUGGCCAAGGCCAAGGCUAAAGCUGAAGCUAUUCGUAUCCUGGCUGCAGCUCUGACACAACAUAAUGGCGAUGCAGCAGCCUCACUGACUGUGGCUGAACAGUAUGUCAGCGCAUUCUCCAAACUGGCCAAGGACUCCAACACUAUCUUGCUGCCCUCCAACCCCAGCGAUGUCACCAGUAUGGUAGCUCAGGCCAUGGGUGUAUAUGGAGCCCUCACCAAAACUCCAGUGCCAGGGGCCCAGGACUCAGUCUCCAGUGGAAGCAACAGAGAUGUCCGGGGCACAGAUGCAAAUCUUGAUGAGGAGCUUGAUCGAGUCAAGCUGAGUUAAUGGAGCUGGGUUUGGCCAGGGAGGCUGGGGACAGGGAAGCAGCAAUCCCAGUCUCUGACUUUAACCUCUCUACCAAGAUUUUGGUUAUUAUUUUUUUAUUUGAACUUUAAUCAUGUAAUAAACUCACCAGUGGCAAACCAGA